AUGUGUCGGCGACCAGGCAAAGCUCCGUGUCCUCUCGUCUCGUGUGACUGACGACCAGGUGGGAGGGCCAUAAGGCCUUUAGCGCGGCGGCGGCAAUGGCGCCCACGGCCUGCCUCCGGACCCCCUUCUUCCCCGCCCGUGCCCGAUCCACCAACGCCACCCCGUUCUCGCCACACCGCCGCUUUUCUCUCAAAUGCAGCGCCUCCAACGGUGACAACUCCAACCCCAACUCCAUCUCCAUCUCUCCCACCUCGCCGCCUCGGCUAACGGUGUCGGACGGCGUCGAGUCUGUGGACGUUAACGGGUUGCGUCGCCCGCCAGCGCCCGCCUCCGUCCCCGCCGCCCGCGAUCCCCACUGGCUGCCUCGUCCGCUCACAAGUGCGGACGUCAUGGAGGUGGACGGGAAGGGGCUCAAGGUUGCUUACCAGGGUUGUGCUGGAGCGUACAGCGAAGCAGCAGCAAAGAAGGCGUACCCGAAUUGUGAGACUGUGCCCUGUGAGCACUUCGACACUGCAUUUCAGGCUGUUCAAAACUGGGUAGCUGAUAGGGCCGUACUGCCACUUGAGAAUUCAUUGGGAGGUAGCAUACAUAGGAAUUAUGAUCUUUUGCUUCGGCAUAGUUUGCACAUUGUAGGAGAAGUUCGCCUUGCGGUUCGCCAUUGCUUAUUAGCCAAUCCUGGCGUGAAGAUUGAAAACCUGAAAAGUGCUAUGAGUCAUCCCCAGGCUCUUGCGCAAUGUGAGCACACAUUAACAUCACUAGGAAUUGAGCAUAGAGAAGCUGUUGACGACACUGCUGGUGCAGCAAAGAUUGUUGCAGAACAUAUGCUCCAGGACACUGGUGCUAUUGCUAGUUCGUUGGCGGCUAAACUGUAUGGAUUGGAUGUUCUUGCUGAGAAUAUUCAGGAUGACAAAGAUAAUGUCACCCGUUUUAUGAUGCUAGCUCGAGAACCCAUCAUACCUCGCACUGAUAAACCAUUUAAGACAAGCAUAGUCUUUUCACUAGAAGAAGGACCUGGACAGCUCUUUAAGGCACUUGCUGUAUUUGCACUGAGGGACAUCAACCUCACAAAGAUUGAAAGUCGUCCACACAAGGAAAGGCCUCUUCGGGUAUCUGAUGACUGUUCCUCACUCUUAAAGAACUUUGAUUACCUUUUUUAUGUUGACCUUGAAGCAUCAAUGGCUGAUCCAAAGACUCAGAAUGCUCUUGGAAAUCUGAAGGAGUUUGCAACAUUUUUAAGAGUUCUUGGAAGCUAUCCUACAGAUGUGAAUGAACCUUAGAUUGAAAGUACUGCAGAUUACAUACUGGUGAGUAAUGAAUAACAUUGUCUACUUUUUGUGCUUUGUUACUAUAGUAUGGUGAACGAAAGAACAUUCUUUUAUUUUCAGUUUCAACGACAUAAUAUGUUGGAGUUGGGCAAGUCACUUGAGUGACAUGCUUCUUUUAUAAAAUGUAAUGCAUGGUUUGACUUGGUGCACCUUAAAACGAAUGGGGAGACUACUACUAGACAUUUGUGGGUGAAUAUCCGUUCCUUAGUUUGCUUGGGUUGAGUAGAUGUAGAACAACUUUUUGGUAUAUGAUCAGAAGUAUUCUAAUCAGCAAAAAAACACACAUUAAAAAGGAGAAUUGUUCCACAUAAUUCAAUUCUUCCAACCAACAAAAACAUUGUUCUGUUAGAUUGGACGCACUAACCAGUUCAACCCAAAAGUUUAAGCUGAUGGGAGAAGGUAGUCAAUCCACUUAUACAUUUCAACACCCCACUCACGUGCAGACAGAGAGAAAAGUGCAAACGUGGAAAUAAAUGGGUGAAGGCAUAAAUAAAGCCUCUGUCAUGAUUCGAACUCGAGACCUCUAGCUCCGAUACCAUGUUAGAGUGGAUGCACUAACUAGUUCAACCCAAAAGCUUAAACUGAUAAAAGAAGAUAACCAAUCCACUUAUACACUUCAACAUGUUUCACAUUGAAAAGGUACUGUUCUAGAAUUAAAUUAUUCUGAACUAUAAAAUUGUUAGGCAUUGAAAAGAAAUUUGUUCCAGACUUUCAGGCAUAAAAUCAAAUUGUUUUUUUCUCGAAAGCGCAGGAGAACUACGCAAUAAUGUAUUAAAGAAGAGGUACAUAUACAAGAACAAACUAGGGGCCCCUACGGCAGCCAAUAACAGGCAUACAGAAACCCAUCCAUGACUAAAAAACUAACAAGAACUACCACAAUGCUAGCUAACUAGAAGGGAGGCCCGGAAUGGGGGCGGUAAGCAAAGACAACUUCUUUGCACCAGCCAUCUCCCAAAGGUCAACCUCCAACCCAACUCUUCUAAUACCAUCAGUAAUACUGGGGCUCUUGUUGUAAAAAACACAACCAUUGUGCUGCUUCCAUAAGGUCCAAACUCCCAGGAUUACUAGAGAAUUGAGGCCAUCCCUUGCGAUUCCAGAGACCUUAGUACAUAACAUUCUCCACCAUUCAAGGAAGGCACUAUCCUCGGAUUGGGGGCAAGAAGCUGAAGGUUCACUUGAUGAAGUAGUUUGAACCAAAAUUCUCGAGCAAAAACACAUCCAAUCAACAUAUGAUCCAAGGUUUCUUGAUCCUGAUCACAUAAUGGACAUCUCUCCGGAUGGUCCGUGCCUUUUUUCUGUAGCCUAUCUGAUGUUCAAACCUUCCUGUGUGCGACCAGCCACAUAAAAAACUUAGUUUUUGGAGGAGCCCAAGUUUUCCAUAUUCUAUGAAAAGGCUCAAACUCAGAAGAUCCAAUAAAGGAACCCCCUAUAUGCUUCCUUUGAGGAGAACUUUCCGUUUGCAGCUAGGCGAUAAAAAUGCUUGUCUUCAACUUGAGGUCUUAGAACAAUUGAGUCAACUAAAUCCCACAAGAUGAGAAACUCAUUGAUAAUUCCAACAGAAAGAGCUCCCUGAAUGCCAGAAAGCCAGCUCUGAUUAGAGAUAGCAUCCACCACUGUUCUCUUGUUAACUCUUUUCUUAGGAAUGAUCCCAAAUAAUCGAGGGGCUAAGUCUACAAUUCUGUGACCCAAUAGCCACCUAUCGGUCCAGAAAAAAAAUCAAAUUGUUCUAACCCACAAAAAGUUGUUCCAUGCAAAAGAUAAAUUGUUCUAGGACAUUAAAUUGAAUUAUUCUAAUCAACAACCAAAAAAA